AUGGACGCCCCGAACGAAAUCAUUGACCAGAUCUUGAGUUCCAUUCCGAGAUCUGACCUGCCCAAUAUCUGUUUGCUGAAUAGGUCAUUGAAACACUCUGCUGAGCCAUUUCUCUACUCCACCGUUACGCUUAAGUAUAAAUAUCCAAAGUUCCCCCCAAUCGUCGCUCUUCUUCGUACUCUUCUACGAAGACCAGCUCUAUUUGAUCAUUUAGACAUCGUAUCACUAAAAGGAUCCAUCGCUCAAAGAACUCCCACGCCCUCUAUGAAUACUUCGACAAUUCUGUUUGAUGAAUUCAUAACUGCUAUCAAGAAAACAAAGGUCCCGUUUAGCGAUAUAUGGAUCGAGAAGCUUAAAGCAGCCAAUACAUGCUUUUACGCGCUUGCUGCUCUCCUAAUCACGCAUCUGUCAAAGACGACUCAUCUCACAAUCGAAGACGCUUAUAUAAACGGGCAACCACUUAUCGGCAAAGUUCUCCAAGCCAAGAUUUCUGGCCAACUUCCUAAAUUUGAACGGUUGACAGAAUUACGACAUGUUAAGAGACGUGAUGUCUCAAGUAUAAAGAACAACCAUAUAUUUGAAGAGACAAUCGGCCUCUUCUACUUGCCAACCGUGGUAGACUUGGAAGUCUCAGUCACAAAUCCUGAAGUCUUCCGAUGGCCAGCCGGCGAGCCUGACCUCGAGCAUCUCACUUCGCUCAAGAUUGGAUGGCUUUGUGAGCCGUUCUUAGCCAAGAUUUUUGCUCUCACGCGGAAUUUAAAGUCUCUUGAAUGGAGCUGGGAACAUCACGGCGCAGGAAACUUUUGGGAGACAACUGUUAUAGAUUUCCAUAAGAUUUCUGACACGCUCCAGCCUCUCAGAAACACGCUAGAGAAGCUGAGAUUAUUCUUCUGGCUUGGGUGUGACGACGAGUUAGCCGAUAACCUAGAAAUGACUGUCCAAGGAAAUCUCCGCCUCCGUGAUUUUACACGACUCAUCGAUUUGGAUAUUCCGCUUACAUCGCGCUCUUCAAAGGAUUGGCGUCCUCUGGCUUUGGAAGACUACGCCCCUGACAGUGUCGAGGUCCUUACUCUCCCUGGGACUGCUCUGAAUAAUGAUUCAUAUCCUGGAGAUUGGGAUAUUGAUCAAUUUGAAUAUGAGGAGAUUAUCCCUCUGCUCCAGUCUCUAGCUAAUGCUCGCCCUGCGAAACUGCCACGAUUACGGCUUGUUGAAAUCCUUGAUGGCGGUUGGCAGCACGCCCGCCGUGCAAUAAGUGGGAUGGUUGCAGAGCUGGAUCUUGGGUUUGAUGUUCAGUUCGUUUAG